GUGACAGACAAGCAGUUAAAGUAAGAAAGACUGUCGUCUUGCAACAAUAAAGCAUAUGGUACCGGCAGUGCAGUCAGAGCUGGAAAAUUACAAGUCUCUCACACACUCCUGCACCCUUUUUUCUCAUGCCCGUGGAGCUCAGGGGUCGCUGCAAGUCAGUGGACUGAAACAAAAUGGGAACCUCUUCACUCAUCAUGUUUCACCCUUUUUUGAAUAGCCGACAUUUAUGAUUGUGCUGCUGUGAGAAGAGGUGAAAGGAGUCAGCCACUGGAUACAGGUGCAGAUGCGGCGGGCCAUGAGUGGAAUACUGAAGAGGAAAUUUGAGGAGGUGGAAGCCUCCUCCUCCCCGUGUUCUUCCUUGCGGGAGUCUGAUGAUGAGGUCUCCUGCAGUGAGAGUGGGGACAGCAGUGACAGUGUCAACCCCUCCGCCUCGGGUCCUUUCACCCCCGACUCGAUACUGAAGAGAGAGAAGCGCCUGCGGACGAGGAGGGUGCAUUUUGAAAAUGUGACAGUGUAUUACUUCAGCCGGCGGCAGGGCUUCACCAGCGUGCCCAGCCAGGGAGGCAGCACGCUGGGCAUGUCCAACAGGCACAGCUGGAUCAGGCAGUACUCCCUGGGUGAAUUUGCCGUGGAGCAGGAGAGGAUCCACAGAGACAUGCUCAGAGAUCACCUGAAGGAGGAGAAACUAAACUCAAUCAAACUCAAGCUGACUAAGAAUGGCACCGUGGAGUCUGAGGAGGCCAACACGCUCACGGCGGAGGACAUUUCUGACGACGACAUUGAUCUGGACAACACAGAGGUAGACGAGUACUUCUUCCUGCAGCCUCUCACCACUAAAAAGCGCCGAGCACUGCUGCGCUCCUCCGGCGUAAAGAAGAUUGAUGUGGAGGAGAAACAUGAACUGCGGGCGAUCCGGAUGUCCAGAGAGGACUGCGGCUGUGACUGCAGAGUCUUCUGUGACCCAGAGACCUGCGCCUGCAGCAUCGCAGGGAUCAAGUGCCAGGUGGACCGUAUGUCAUUUCCAUGUGGCUGCACUAAAGAGGGCUGCACCAAUUCAACUGGGAGAGUGGAGUUUAAUCCUAUCCGUGUUCGGACCCAUUUCUUACACACCAUAAUGAAGCUGGAGCUGGAGAAGAGCCGCGAGCAGCAGCAGGCGUCCCCCACCAACGGUUACCGUAGCGAAACUAACGACCUGGGAGGCGGAAACCCUCUCAUCCAGUCCCAGCACAGGUUGGAGUACUCUCUGUCAGACGCCGUCCCACAGACGGGCAGCAUGCACCUGCAGGCUGCGGACGAGAUGGAGGAGCAGCUAGACGAAGAGGACGAGGAAGAAGAUGAAGAAGACGAGGAGGAGGAGGAAGAGGAAGAGGAGAACGAAGAGGAUGACGAGGACGAGGAGGACAGCAGCAGCGUCUGCAGCGGACUGUCUGACUCCAGCACCCAGAGCUUAGCCAACAGCGACUCUGAGGAUGAGGAAGAGGAGGACGAAGAUGAAGAGAAGUCUAAGAACUUUCAGGGCGACGUCGCGGCCCCGUCGGUGUCUCACACCGAGGUCGUGCCCUUAUCCUCUGUGCUGUGUUACAGCGAUGAUAACCACAUGAACGGGAACACUUAUUUAAUGAACUCCUCUUCAGCUGAGUACUAUCAGCUGGGGAGCUCCGGCGCCGUCUCUAACGGCCAAACGGGCCGACCCAGUGAACCCUACGGGGACGCCUUAGCAUUCCAAGAUCCUGUCAGUGCGACCAACGGCAACGCAGCCCAAGGACCGUUCAACAUGUCUGCCGAGCAGUACACAGACUACUCUAAUCAGGCUGAGGAACAAUUCGCAGCAAAUCACCAUUUCACUCUGACCAACGGGGCAACUCCCGCCGCCCCACUGACCUGCUACACGCCCGAUCAGGAGAAGAAGGCCUUGUCCAAAGCUGACACCCAGAAUCAGACACAGUUUCAAAACUACCUGAACAAUAACACCCAGGGUUCCUACAGCAGCUCAUGUAUGACCGCUGCUGAACAGCCACAGCAGGAGUCGGCUGUUAACGGCCAUUCUGACCUAACCUUACUAGGAAACAACACUAAGAACCUCCCUUUACCAGACCAUUGCCCCGAGGUCACAGCCAUUUAAUGGGCCUCACCUUUUGAAGUGUUCUUUCAUUAUUAUUAUGUCUUUACUUGACCAAGUGGUAUUUUAAGGGAACAUAAUCAUGGCCUUUUUUUUUCUUUAUUUUUGCAUUGUCUGACCUUAAAUUUCAAAGCAAUUAAUAUUACAUUUUCAUCUGUAACUAUAAAGCCAUAGGGUCAUGAUGGAAAUGUUUUAAUUAUUCGCUCCUGAAGGCUUCUUCAUGCAGCGUAUGCUCAAAGGGAUAGCUUAGAUUUUUUGAAGAAGGGUUAUAUGCGGUGCUUAUCAAUAGUCAGUGUGUUACCUAUAGUAACACCUAUAGAUAGUGGUCAGCAUGCCCCCAGGUAGGAGAAACCAGCAGGAGAACAGGCAUUGGAGCUAAACAAUGUACUGCUGUGGACAGGGGCAGAAGCUAAAUGUAUUUUAGCCCCAUAAAAAUAAAUCAAUAUAAGCUUAAAUCUAUGCUAUACAGUCAAAUACAGGAAAACAAUAUUAGACCACCCUUGUUUUCUUCAAUUUCUUGUU